GGGUCUCGGGGGCCUCCCACUCGCCAUGGCAGAGUAUGAAUAGCAGCUGCACUCCCCUCUGCUCGCAGCCACUCGCUUCCCUCCCCGCCUUCCCACUCUGCCUCCGCGUUCUCCCCGGCAUCCUCCUCCCCCGGCGUCUUCCUCUGGCAGUGCCGGCUCCAGAGCCAGCCCCGGCAUCCUCCGGCAGCGCCCAUGCUGAGCACGGAAAGUUUCGCAGGGGCGAGAGCCCUGGGAGAGGAAUCGCUGCAGAUGUGGGACCUCAACAAGCGGCUGGAGGCGUACCUGGCCCGCGUGAAGUUCCUGGAGGAGGAGAACGAGGUGCUGCGAGCUGAGAUCCAGAGCGCCAAGAGCAGCCCAGCCGGGGACUCGUGGCGGGUGAAGUACGAGGAGGAGCUGCGAGCCCUGCGGGAUGCACUGGAUCACGCCUUCAGGGAGAAGUGCACGGCCGAGCUGGCCAGGGACAACCUCUACGAGGAGGUCCAGCAGGUGAAAAGCAGGUGCCAGAAGGAGCAGGCAGCCCGAGAAGAAGCUAAGAAGCAGCUGUCCUUGAGCAGGAAGGAGCUGGAGGAGGAGAGGAGAGCACAGAUCUGGCUGAAGGAGAGAGCUGUGCAGCUGGAGAAGGAGGUGGAAGCCUUGCUGGAGGUGCACGAGGAGGAGAAAGCAGGGCUGGACCAGGAGAUUGCAAGUUUCUCCCACAGCCUGGAGAGCUUCCGCUGUGCACCGGUGGCUUUCCAGCCAGUGGAGGUGGAGGACUACUCCAAGAGGCUCUCGGAGAUCUGGAAAGGGGCGGUGGAGACCUACAAGACAGAGGUGUCGCAGCUGGAGGGUUCCCUCUGCCAGGCCAAGGAGAACCUGUGGAAGGCAGUGGAGGACAACCAGCAGAGCCAGCUGCAGCUGCAGCACCUGGAGAAGGACCUGGCGGGGCUCAAAGCGAGGAAGGAGAUGCUGGAGGAGAGCCUGGCCCAGCAGUGGCAGGAGCAGCGCGGGGAGGCAGAAAAGUUCCAGCUGGCAAUGGAGGCCCUGGAGCAGGAGCAGCAGAGCCUGCGGGUGCAGAUCGCCCGGGUGCUGGAGGACAGGCAGCAGCUCAUGCACCUCAAGAUGUCCCUCAGCCUGGAAGUGGCGACCUACAGGACGCUGCUGGAAGCAGAGAGCACCCGCCUGCAGAUGCCAGCUGGGGAAUUCAGGUUGGCCAACGGCGUGCGAGAUCUCAAACUGGAGCUGAGCAGCAGCAGCAAACUGGUACCAGCGAGCCCUGAGAGCAGGCGGCUGCUGCCCCGAGACCACUGCACCAGCCCCUCCAUCUUCCCCAGGGCAGAGGGGAGGGGGCAGCUGACAAAACCCCAAAGUGACACCCUGACACCCAAAAGCCAGAGCCCCAGCGCCAGGGAGCUCCAGAAAACCAGCUCACUCCUCCAUGCCACAGCACCGCCGGUUACUGGCAGGGCUGGGGGGCCGGGAGCCCCUGCCUGCCCCACACCCAGCCCCUCACAGGCAGGGAAAGCUGCCCCUCCUCUCUCCCCGGAGCCCCCCAGCCCCUCACCACCAGAGCAGGAGAGCUCUGGAGGAGAGGGUCCCGCCUGGCCGGGGGGAAACAGGGGAGUGGUGAGCACAGGGGUGGAGUGUCCUCUGUCCGGAGCCACAGGGGACACUCCCAACACCAGCGUGCAGCCCCUGGGAGCAGCGCCUGCCCUCAGGCUGCAGUACCCAGCCCAGCUGGUCAGCGAGGCGCUGGAGGAUGCGCUCAAGGCCAUGGAAGACGAUGUUCAGCCCAAAGAAGAGCCCAUGCUCAGCGCCACGUGGGCCCCUCGGGACGCCUGUGUCCCCAGCCCUGCUUUCCCCACAGAGGCUUGUGGAGAGGCUGUGUCAGAGGGGCCCGGGGAAGAGCACAGCCCCUCUGAGGGCUCUGAGGAGGGUGACAGCCCCGAGGCAGAGGAGAGGGUUGAGGAGGUCGUGCUGCAGGGAUUGGGUGUGGAGAGCAGCAUCCUGCAGGACAGAGCCGUGUUCCCCCCGGGCACGGCCGCUUCCUUGAGCGCCUCAGGGAGCCGUGAAGAUUUGGGAGCGUGGGAGGAGGAGGAGGAGGUACCUGCUGUGCUGAGCCCAAGGGAUCCAGAAGUGGAGGCCCAGGAAGGGGACAGGGGUCUCCCUGGACAGUCAGUGACCAGCUGGGAAAAGCUAGAGCAAGAGGAGGACAGGGCAGAGACCCCAAGCACAGAACCAUCACAGCCCUCAGAGGAUGAGGAGGAGAGGGGACCCUGCAGCCCCUGCAAGGAGAAUGGAGAUUUCCAGGAAGAAGGAGCAGAUUUGCAAGAAGAGGAGUGUCCACACAGAGAAGUGGAAGCUGAUCAUGCUGUCCUUGCAGAAAGCCACCUGGUUUUGCUCACAAAAGGUCACCUGGAAGAGAACUUUGUUGAUGCAGAGCAGGAAAGGUUUGAGCAGCAGAAAAUGCCCGUGUGUGAGAUGGAUCUGGCUGCAGAGAAGGAAAGGGAACAGGACCUGUGCCUGGAGCAGAAGCCCUCGAGUGUCCAUGAGGCCAUCCCAGCAGAGGAGGUUUCACUAGCAGCUGAAGAAGAUCCAGUGGGAGGGGAGGACACAGGCAGAGUGAAAGAUGGUGAGGGAGAAAAGGGAGAGGCCAGCAGGGAUGUUCUGGGAGGAGAGGAUCAUGAGAUAGGAGAGGACUCUGAGUCAGGAGAAGACCAUGGGGCAGGAGAAGGCUCUGAGGCAGGAGAGGAUCCCAGGACAGGAGAGGAUCCCUGGGCAGGAGAGGAUCCCAGGACAGGAGAGGAUUCCGGGGCAGGAGAGGAUCCCGGGGCAGGAGAGGAUCCUGGGGCAGGAGAGGAUCUCGGGACAGGAGAGGAUCCCUGGGCAGGAGAGGAUCCCAGGACAGGAGAGGAUCCCUGGGCAGGAGAGGAUCUCAGGGCAGGAGAGGAUCUUGGGGCAGGAGAAGGCUCUGAGGCAGGAGAGGAUCCCAGGGCAGGAGAGGAUCCCAGGACAGGAGAGGAUCCCUGGGCAGGAGAGGAUCUCAGGGCAGGAGAAGACCCUGGGGCAGGAGAAGCUGUGGGAGUUGAUGCCCUGGAGUGGGAGAUCAGAGCCCCAGGGGAGCCUGAGGACCUGCAGGAAAACACCUCAGUGGAGGAGGUGGGGGAACAGGAGGAGCUGGAGCCAGCAGAGGAGCCCUGGGGCAGGGGGGAUGAUGGCAGUGGCCAAGAGCCCUGUCCAGAGGACUGGGAGGUGACAGCAGAGGACACUGAGGGAGCUUUGGGGCCAGAAGAGCCAGCCUGGGCAGAUGACACCCUGAGCAGUGCAGGAAGGCUGAAAAGUGAGGAGAGAGAUGGCGCAUCGCCAGCAGAGCUGGAGGGAGCCCAGGAAGACGAUGAGGAAGAUGCCAAGAGCCAGGAGAUGAGCCAGCAGCAGGCACUGCCAGGGGCUGAGCCAGCACCGGAGCUGGCAAGCCAGGAGCAGCUGGGCACCGUGGCAGAGCCUGAGCCAGCCUCUCCAGGUGCCCCUGAGCAAGGGGACAGACAGGAGCUGGCCGAGGCCCCAGAGGAGCCGUGGGAGGGGCAGGAUGAGGAUGCUGAUGAAGGGCUCAGCUCAGAGCUGGAGAAGCAGGAGAGCUCAGAGCAGGUGCAGGUGCCAGGGGACAGCACAGAGAGUGGCGAGUGGGCAUUGGAGGAGGUCCCUGGAGACCCAGAGGUCACACCGGGCACUGGCAGGAGGGUGGAGCUGGAGGACACGCUGCCAGACAGCACGCCCUUGCACCUCUAUGAAGGGGAGAUGCUGGCUGUGGGUGCACCCAGCCCAAACCCUCCAGAGACCGAGGAGACCAUGGAGACAGAGCCUGGCUCUGACACAGCUCAGGAGGGUGAGGAGUGGCUGGAAGGGAGCGACAAGCCACCAACUCCCACCAUGCCAGAAAGCCCUGAAGAGGAAGCAGGAGCGGAGGUGGCUGCUGUGGCAGAGGGUGCUGAGGAGGAGGAAGGUUAUUUCAUGGUCUCUGCUCCCAGCCAAGAGGUGUCCAACUUGGAGGAAGCAGAGAUCUCUGAGGACUUUGAAGAAAUUAAAGUUGAAGCAACUGAAGGCGGCCAAGAUGAUCUGGGGGCUCCUGGAGAUGCAUCUCCAGUGCCAGAGGGCAAAGCACACCUCGAGAUGCUCGUUGCAGAAGCAGAUGAAGAUACAGAGAUACCCACUGAAGAACCUGAGGUGCCAAAGGAUGAGGACGACACUGCUGAGCUGGAGGAAGGCCCAGCUGUGCCUGAAGCAGAUCCCAGCAGUCUCAGGGCCAUGGGACCAUUAGCAGGAGGUACCAAUGAGCCAGCCCAGGGUCCCACGGGCACUGGAGCAUGGGAGGGACCAGAGCAUUCGGAAGGUUUGGAUGCCGAAUCAGAUGAGGAGCUCCACAACACAACUGAGAUGGAGAUGGAUGCCAGUGGAGCACCAACCCUCCCAGGCUGCAGCCUGGAGUUGGCAGGGCAGGAGGAAGAGGGGGAAGAUGAGGAGGAGCCCAGCAUGGCUCUCCAUGAAACGGCCAAGGCCACUCCUCCAGCAGGGCUCCAGGCCCAGGCAGUGCCCAAUGAAGCAGAGCAGCCCUUGGAAGAGCAGCCACCCAUGGAGGAAGAAGCACUCGACAGUGACAGCCCUCCUUCACCCAGGAAUGAGCAGCCCCCCGAGACCAACCCUCCUCAGCUGGGCUCUGCACCAGAGCAGGGAGGUUUUCCAGAGGUCAUUCCGGAUAUCCCUGACACGGAUGUUCUCUCCGCAGAGGUGCCAGUGGAUAUCAUGAAAGACUCAGAUAUUUUGGAAAUAGUUGAGCAGGCCCUGGAAUUCAAUCAGGAGCUGAUGGGGGUGAGGGUGCCAGAGGGUGGGCAGCAGGGUCCUGGAAGGACCGAGCUGCCCCGGGAGGCAGGGGAAGACUCCUCGCCCACCUCAUCCAGCGAGGAGGAGCCGACGGUGCAGGAGGCACCAGAUGUGGUCCCAGAGGUGGAGACUCUGGUCCGGGCCGAGAACGGGCUGCACCGGGAGGCCAGCCUGGAAGACCUGGCUGAGUUCACUGAGGAGGUGCUGAACGGCGUCAUCAGCACAGCACCGGCACAGGAGCUCCCCACAGAGACCGCAGACACCCCGGGGGUGAUGCCACCGCGGGCCCCCACCCCGGGAGAUGGCACCGCCACCAAGCUGGGGGAUGCUACCCUGAGGGGGAAGCAUGGCCAAGCUGACCCCAGCCCUGUGCCCCCUGCCCUGGGGGAGGAUGUUCUGUGCCUCACACCCGACCAGCCACCAGCGUGUCGGCUGAGAGCUGAGCAGGAGCCCUGGUCCUCAGGGGAUGAGUAACAACAGUCAGGGGGAACCUUCUGGUAGCCCCCUUCCUGCCAAAACCCAAUACCCCCACUUGUCCCACCUCCCUCCUAAUGCUUCCUCAUCUCCUUAUGGUUUUUAACAUGUUUGUGUGGAUUUUUGCACCCCUUUUCAGAGUGAAGAACCACCAAGUUCUGUUCCACCCCACAGCCCACCCAAAUUUGCAUGCUUGCUCUGGGACCCCUGCUUCAUUUUGAGUUUCCUCUGGGUGGGUUGCUGUGGCCGUAUUUAAUUUAAACUCUCUGUUUCCCCAUUCCCUGCAAUCUUCCCCCUCCAACUCCCCCAGUAUUUGGCCCAGGAUGCCCAGCUGGAGGCUAGAGACCCCCCCAAACUGCACCCUUGGACUAAGAGUUUUGGGGCUACACCACCCCGGGAUCCCCAGCCCAAAUCCGUCAGCACUGGGGGCUGAGCCAUGCUGGAUGUAUCCACUCGACAUUAAUUUAAUAAAGCCUCAU